GGAAGCCCAGCGGUCGCCCUCAGUCGACCAUGGCACAGGCCUUUUCGACCGCGCUGGAUAGCGCCUUUUCUCUGGACACCGAUGUCAAUCAUCUCUCACAGACCAUCGACCAAAAGAAGCUGCAGAUGAUGAUCCAGACCCGCGAACUCGAACAACUUCAAGCCAAGAUCCGCGAAGCCGAAGAACGCCUCAAAGCUCGACAGUCGGUGAUUAUGGAGGCCAGAAACCCUGCAGCGCAAAGAGACGGUCGGUUCUACGGAGGCUCAGGAAACACGUCAGCGUCGUCGUCGCCCACCGAUUCAGCACAAUUCUCCAGCGGCGAUGAACAGCUGCGACGCAGCCAAGGCCGCAGUUCAUAACGGCAUGUAGGCG